AUGCGUGCUCAUCCAUAUUCCAUCUUUACGCACUCGGUCGGCGCGAACGCGGCGGGACAUUCUCUUCUGGCCAAGAUCCGUGCCAUCGCGCGAGCUGGUUUUGAUGGUAUCGAGCUGUUUCAGGACGACCUCGACGCCUUCGCUGCUUCCGAUGAGUUCCGUCAGAUUCAGGAACGCGGCGAUGCGAUCGUUUCAACUCCAUCUCUGUCUUCAUCGCCCUUUUUCUCUGGCCUCACUCCACCCGAUUCGCCCAUGAAUCUCGAUAGACGCUGUUCGUCUUCAUCCUCAGUUUCCACCUCGUCUUCGUCAGCCAAUGGCACUCCGUAUUGCGCUGCCAACGGUAUCCGAUCAAGAGACAAGUACGUCGCUGUCGCCGGUCUUGAUGACGAUCUGCUCGUGCGCAACGACAAGGGUGAUCUGGUGGCUGGCCUCGACGGUCUCCCGAUGACCUACAACGCGUGGGGCCCUUGCACCGCCACGGCGUAUAGACAGGAGCUGGCAGCCGCCUCAUACAUUGCUUCAUACUGCGACUCGCUCAAUCUCCAAGUCUAUAGCCUGCAGCCGUUGAGGGACUUUGAAGGUUGGGCGAGUCCCCAAGAUCAGCUGCUCGCACUGCGCCGGGCUCGUUCACGCUUCGAGGUCAUGCGCAGGCUGGGCGCGGAUCUGCUUCUCAUCUGUUCCAACAAUCAGCACGCUCCCGCGACCGUAGGCGAUGUUGAGAAAAUUGGUCGCGAUCUUGCCCAGCUCGGUCAAUUUGCCGAGCACUUUGGCCCAGUCUACUCCUUCUACCAUGCCAACUGCAGCGGCUCCAUCGAACGCCGUGCUCGCCCAAUCAGAAUUGGUUACGAGGCGCUAUCGUGGGGAGCGCAUGUCGACAUCUGGUCUCGCGCGUGGCAGGCGGUGCAGCAUGCAGAUCGUGACAACGUCGGCCUCAUCCUCGACUCGUUCAACACUCUGGCCAGGGAGUAUGCCGACCCCUGUACCAGGACCGGAAUCACCGAUCAGCACGCUGAUCCGCAUGCUGCGGUGUUGCAGUCGGUCAACAAGCUCAGCAUGGUGCCAGCAGAGAAGAUCUUUUUCCUCCAGAUCGGCGAUGCGCGUCGGAUGCCUGAGCCCUUGAAGCCUUCACCGAACGCUGACGAGCCGCGACCGGCCAGAAUGAUCUGGUCGAGGGGAAAUCGUCUAUUCCCAUGCGAGUAUGACCGAGGCGCAUUCCUACCGACAAGAGACUUUGUUCAGGCUGCCGUCCUUCGCGCGGGCUAUCAAGGGCCGUGGAGUGUCGAGGUGUUCAACAGUAGUUUGGCGGACGAAGCCGAGGGAGUACCCGUCGAACACGCAAUGCGCGCAAGAGCUGGGCUGGAUCGGCUCGUCGAGGAGGUAUAUGCCUAG